ACUAGUUAACUUGCCAUCACUAAACAUGGCGGUGCCUUUUGCCACAAAACACCACAUUGAGGACAAGGCGAGGCACGGGAGCGCCAGUAGUAGACAUGGCGGCUAAGGGGGGUAAGCAAAAAACGCGACGAGUCAGUAGACAAGAUGCUAAUAACAGCGGGAAUCUACUGAGCGAAACCCGGGUGCAGAGACAGGAGAAGGCCGGAGAGGAGACCAAAACCCCCGACACACGGACUGAGUGUGUCAGUAGAGGAGGCCAGGUGUGGGCUCCUGAAGGUUCCACGGCAUUUAAAUGUCUCCUGUCAGCCCGGUUCUGUGCAGCGUUGCUUAGCAACAUCUCCGACUGUGACGAGACCUACAACUACUGGGAGCCGAUGCACUUCUUGUUGUAUGGCUAUGGGAUGCAGACGUGGGAGUAUUCCCCGCUUAACGCCAUCCGUUCCUACGGUUACCUGUGGCUGCACGCCCUCCCUGCCUCACUACACUCUCACAUCCUACAGACCAACAAGGUGCUGGUGUUCUACUUUGUGCGCUGUGUCCUGGCCUUCUCCUGCUGCAUCUGUGAACUCUACUUCUACAAGGCGGUGUGUAAGAAGUUUGGGCUGCAUGUGGGUCGUCUGAUGCUGGCCUUCCUCCUCCUGAGCUCUGGAAUGUUCUGCUCCUCAGCAGCAUUCCUGCCUUCUUCCUUCUGUAUGUAUUCUACUCUGGUUGCCAUGACUGGAUGGUUCCAAGACACGCCCUUCCUGGCUGUGAUGGGUGUGGCAGCUGGGGCUAUCAUUGGCUGGCCAUUCUCCGCUCUGCUUGGGCUACCGAUCGCCUUCGACCUGCUUGUGCUGAAGAGGAAGUGGAAUAGUUUCAUCACCUGGGCAACCGUCUCUCUGCUGCUGUUCCUGGUGACACACACACACACACACACACACUACCCACUGAGUUAUGAAUGUUUAUUAAGAACUUUGUCAUUAUCUUUAGUUGAUCGCUGUGUACGGAGAAGAAGCACUCAGAACUGUAUGUGUGUGUGUGUGUGUGUGUGUGUUUUCCAGGUGCCUCUGAUGGUGGUGGAUUCUUGUUGCUAUGGGAAACUGGUCAUUGCUCCCCUCAAUAUUCUACUCUAUAAUGUCUUCACCCCCCAUGGCCCAGAUCUCUAUGGUACAGAGCCGUGGCCGUUCUACUUUAUAAAUGGUUUCCUGAACUUCAAUGUGGUGUUUGUCCUGGCGCUGCUGUCUCUACCUCUCACUGUUCUGAUGGAGACGCUACUACAGCGCUUCAAUGUGCAGAACCUGGGAAAGCCAUAUUGGUUGACUCUGUCUCCUAUGUACCUGUGGAUGCUGGUUUUCUUCACCAGACCUCAUAAAGAGGAACGUUUCCUGUUCCCCAUCUACCCUCUCAUCUGUCUGGCAGGGGCCAUAGCACUGUCUUCACUACAGAAGUGUUACCACUUCCUGUUCCAGCGGUAUCGUCUAGAACACUACACGGUGUCGUCUAACUGGCUGGCUGUGGGAACCCUGAUCCUCUUCACUCUGCUGUCUCUGUCCAGAUCAGUAGCCCUGUUCAGAGGCUACCACGCGCCACUGGAUCUGUACCCAGAGUUCCACCGUAUCUCCCGAGACCCGACUCUCCACGCGGUCCCAAAGGGCCGGCCCGUCAGUGUCUGUGUUGGGAAAGAGUGGUACCGGUUCCCCUCCAGCUUUCUGCUGCCCAACAACUGGCAGCUGCAGUUCAUCCAAUCAGAGUUCAGAGGGCAGCUGCCCCAGCCGUACGCUGACGGCCCAUUUGCUACUCAAACUAUCCCCGCCCACAUGAACGACCAGAACCUGGAGGAACCAACAAGAUACGUGGACGUGCGUCAGUGCCAUUACCUUGUGGAUCUGGACCUAGAGACCUCAGCACCCAGAGAGCCGCGCUACGCUGACAACACAGACUGGAGCGUCAUCGCAUCGAAACCCUUCCUAAACGCUGCCAGGUCGUCUCCUCUGUUCAGAGCGUUCUUCAUUCCCUUCCUCUCUGAGCAUCACACCACAUACACACGAUACGUCAUCUUGAAACCACGACGACCAAAGCAGCCUCGCAAACGCAGCCAUGCCUGACCUCUGAUCCGAAGUCUGCCCUGUUCCCCCUCCACCCCACACAUCUCCACUCAUUCCUCUGGGUGGGAUGGGUGUUUUAAAGAUUUCUGACCCUUUAAGAACAUAAGUCAUGUGAGUGUGAAAGAGACAUGUCCUGACCAUCAAAUGUUUGAAAGUGAUGUUGACAUGUGUGAUAGCGUAAGGUGUGUGUGUCAGAGAGCGAGUGUACGAGACUUUAAUUGGAGAAUAAAAACCUCUAAGUAAAACA